GCCUGGAGCAGAGCGAGUGACAGAAUAUUGGGUCGGAAGCAGUUGCAUAGCUCGCAAGGGGAGUUUACGAGUGGCACCUCAAUGCAUCACACUUUACUUUUACUUUCGGGACCUAAUUGUUUUGCCGUCGCCUGGUAAAAGAAAACACAGGUAGAGGACGAGCAACGCGGGUUCGGAAACACAGCCGGACCAAUUUUAUGUUUCACUUCGCUUUUAAGUUGGUGAAACCAUGCUGUGCCUCUUCAUGUUCGGCGGCUUGAUCGCGUUCACAGGAAAGGCUGCGAGUGCCUCUUGUAAACUUGAGGUGAGCCCUCCAAGAGUUGUGGUGAAAUAUGGAGACUCCUUCUCAGUCAACUGCAGCUCAUUGUACAGUGAGACACAGGGGAUGGGCUGGGAGUCCACACACGGAGGAAUAAGUCUUACGACUGGGGUCACUAGUCUUCCCUUUAAUAUUAGCUCUGUGGAUGCGUGGGUCAUUCAGCCGUCCUGUUAUGUCAAUCUGCCUAAUGGUGAGCAGUGUGAAGAAGACCUGCCAGUCACCGUUUACCAAAUGCCAGAGAGUGUUUCUAUAGCUCAGCCCCUCAGUGCCAUGGUGGAGGGCCAACAGUAUCCCAUAGAGUGCGACAUUGUUAACGUUGCACCAGCAAACCACCUCAGUGUGUAUUGGCACAAAGGCAAUAAGAUAAUCCAUCAUGACACUUUACCAGACGCCACUCAAACUCCAGUCAGUAAAACAUCCAUCCUCAAUCUGACUGCCCAAAGGGAUGAUGACGGCAUGCCGAUCUGGUGUGAAGCGAAGCUAGACUUUGGGCUAGUGGAACAAAAUCCUCCCGCAGUGCAAUCAAAGUCCCACAAAGUGACUGUACUCUACCCUCCAACCUUCACCAAGCCCGAAGCAGAGACGGUAGAAAUUUCAGCUAGUGAAAAAAUAACCUUGAACUGCAACGCGAUGGGAAACCCAAUGCCAGUCUACAGCUGGCAUUUCCCGCAAGCCGUUCAAGAGGCGAGCAAGAAUGAAAAUGUGAACCAUCCCAUUUUGACCCCAUCCUUACAGUUUCCAGGGAACUAUAGCUGCGAAGCCUCUAACAGUCAGGGCACCAGCAGAAAAUAUUUCACCGUCGUCGAAGCUACAAGGAAAUACACAACCCUCGCAGCCAUAAUUGGAGUAUUUGCCGCCUUGGGAGUCCUGCUCGUCAUUGGUGGUCUACUUUUUGUGAAACCUGAUGGCACAUUUUCUUUCAUCCAAAGCAAAUAUAUCAGAGGACAACCUUCAGGACCUAUAUGAGGCUGACUUUUUUUUUUUAAUUAAAUUUUUCGUGGUGGUACUAUGCAAAUGUUGUGCUUCAGGAAACAUAUCAGGUGCAUGUUUCUUAACCGUUAAGGGGCAUUGUCUAAUUCUGUUUGCUCAGCUUCUGCUCGUGCUUGGACAUGGUAUCUUUAAAAAUGCAUAAUCUCCAUCAGCUGCUGUCUUUAAAGCUCCACUAAUCAAUGUUGUUGUUUUAACAAGUAGCACAUUUACUAUACAGAGUGUAUUUAUAUGAACCAUAGUAGCCUUGUUACUGGGAAUCUGUGUAUAAAACCCGUAGGUCAGUAAUUUGAUUUCUCCCCAACUGCAACCUUUUUUUUUUGGAAGCUUGACUCACUUACUUUAAAUGCAAUAGUGAUGCCCUUCCUGAGCUUUUUCUGGGCAGCUGCUUUCUGUUUCAGUUUUACUUUUACUCUGGAUGGAGUCACUUUGCUUAUGCAUCCUCGGUACACUCAGUAACCUAAUUCCAAGCGACCGGUGCUUUCCCAUCCAACAGCUUUGUCCUGCAUAUUCGCAAAAGCUGACCGAGCUGAGCAUUUCAACACACUGAAAGAGCCGAAUUAGUGUUGAACCCAGGGGCAUUAACAUCUAACUCUGAGCGUUUUAGCUUCUUCUAGCUCAUUGUAUUGAUUUUGGUGGUUUGCGCAUUUACUGUAUGGUUUGAUCUGAGCUGCUAUCAUCAUGUUUGCAUCUAAAAAGCUCUGAUAAACCCACUGUGUGCUACCUGUGGAAUAUAUAUAUCUUGGAUGCAUUAGCGGUAAUACAUGAGUAAGGCUUUAAUCAAUCAGGGUUCAUCAGCUUUAGCAGCCAUGUCAUCAAAUGAUUAAUACUUUGAGUUUACAUUUUGUUCAGCCAAUACCCGCACUCAUCUGGGAAAAGAGUAGUUUUAUUUUUGAUAAAUUACUGAAUAGUAACUAGUGUAUUUAACAAUAAAAAUCAACAGCCAUAGUUGCCUUAUCGUUUGUAUAAUGGCUUUGUUGUAUUUUUAUUUUUUUAAUUUCACCAAAAAAAACCAAAAAACAACAGCAACUUUAGCCACAUUGAACAAUGGACCUGAAAUGGAAUUGCUCAUUAUCAUGUUUUUAUCCAUUCGUCUUGUUUGUCUUUAUUAUUAAACACUAACCAGACAGUUAAGCAGGCUACGGUACUUGCAUGCAUGGCAUAUAAUGUUGAUAAUUAGUUUUUUAAAUUACACAUUUUGGUAUAUGCAUAAACUAAUUACUAAAUUAUUUUUGUCAUUUUAUUUUUGUAUGCACUGGUACGGCUCUUGAAUGUUGAAUUAUUUUUGCACUGAACAGACUGAUUAUGGUCAUUCUACAUUUUAAUAUGGUACAACAAUUUGUUGCUUUAUUGAGCCUACCUGGAAACAAAAAAAACCCCAUCACAUUCUGUAUUAGAUGCACAGUUUGUCUAAUGUAUUGGUGAAAGAUUUGCUUGAAAUAAAUAAACAUUUGUCUCUA